AUGGGAUCUGCACUAUUUAUUGGAGGCGCUAUACGAAGAUGGCAGGCAGGAGUAGCAUCAAAGUCGGUAGUAAGAAUCAAUCCCCAUACCUCAGCCAGCAAGGCCUGCUGGCUUGUCAGUUUUAGAUCGUCCACAGUUCGAGGGCAAGGCGAAUUGCUCGCUCAAAGAAGUCCCUAUAUUCCAUCAGCGAUUGCCGCGCAGACAGCGAUUUGGGUUCCAUCAGAGAGGUGGGAGAAGAGGAAAAACUUAAAGAGAUUUUGUGAGCAGAGUUCUUCGGAGGAAUCCUGCGUAAACAGAAGGAAGCGGGUAAAGGAAAGCUCACCAGAGUGUACUGAUGAUGGUGAAUUCCCCGCUGAUAUAUUGGGUGGUGUAGAUUUUUACUUCACUGAACCAAUAAAACCAGAAUCUGUGGUAGGAAUUCCCAUUUCAUUCUCAACUCCAACAACUGCAGAAGAUGUUCAGUUCACACCUUCUUCCAUUGUAUCUUUGUUGCCCAAUGCUACUUGGGUGGAGUCCGUAGUCACAGAAAUAUCAGAUAGGGGUGACUACAAAGAUGAGGUUGCCACAAGUGAAAACCCAAAGGACUCCAAUUCGAAUUCAAGUUCGUCGGAGACACAGAGCUCAACGCAGCAGGGGGAGGAAUCGUCCGAGAAAGGUACUGGCAAUGGCUCAGAGCUUCCUUGCCAAUCAGAGGGCACUGAAAUUGGCAAUGAAAAUAUUAGUACUGGUCAAGGCCUCGAGCUUGUUAAUCUACUAGUAUCUUGCACAGAGGCGAUCUCUUGCAAGAAUUUUGCUCUAGUAAACCAUUAUCUAUCUAAACUUGGAGAGCUUGCCUCUCCUGAAGGAACACCGAUUCACAGAGUAGCAGCUUACUUCACCGAAGCCAUGGCACUUAGAGUAGCCAAGCUCUGGCCUCACAUCUUCAAAAUUUCUCCACGCGAACUAGACCCAGCUGAGGAAGACCAGUUAACAGCUUUCAGGCUUCUCAACGAAGUUAGUCCAAUCCCGAAGUUCCUACAGUUCACAGCAAACGAGAUGAUUUUAAGAGCAUUUGAAGGGAAAGACAGAGUCCAUAUUAUUGAUUUAGAUAUUAAACAGGGCCUUCAAUGGCCUAGCCUGUUUCAGAGCUUGGUUUGUAGGCCUAAUCCUCCAAGCCACAUUAGGAUCACGGGGGUUGGGGAGUCAAAGCAGGAGCUGCAGGAUGCUGGAGACAGGCUAGCUGGGUUUGCAGAGGCUCUGAACCUCCCAUUUGAAUUCCAUGCCGUGGUCGAUAAAUUAGAGGACCUGAGGCUCUGGAUGCUUCAUGUGAAGGAGAAUGAAAGUGUUGCUGUGAAUUGUAUGUUGCAGUUGCACAGAGUUCUCAAUGAUAACAAUGGCAGCUCCUUGAGGGAUUUUCUUGGACUGAUACAGAGUGUUAGGCCAACAGUGCUAGUGAUUGCAGAACAUGAGUCCAGCCAUAAUGACCCGAGUUGGGAGGAAAGGUUUUGUAAUUCACUGAAUUAUUACUCCGCUGUCUUUGAUUCCAUAGAUUCAGGCCUUCCUCUCGACAGUCCAGCUAGAACCAGGAUAGAGGAAAUGUUUGCCAGGGAAAUACGGAACAUUAUAGCAUGUGAAGGGAUCGAAAGAACCGAAAGGCAUGAGAAUUUUGAUAAGUGGAAGAGAAUAAUGGAAGGUGGUGGAUUCCGAUGUCUAGGAGUUAGUGAGAGAGAAACGAUGCAGAGUAACAUGCUUCUAAAGAUGUUCUCAUGCGAGAAUUACAAGAUGGUGAAACAGGGGGAUGAAGGAUUGACGCUUUGCUGGGCAGAGCAUCCUCUCUUCACAGUAUCAACAUGGGCGUCAUCGAUGGAGGUUGCAGGCACAUCUUCCUCUUUCUCUCAACCAGGAUGAGGAAUGCUGAUUAUGGUGAAGGAAGAAAUUCCUCUAGCCUUCAUUCUUUUUAGAUAGGAACCAUUUUCCCUCUUUUAAUAUUCUUUCAUUCUUUAGCAGCUGGGGGGUCAUACUUGUUUCACACUGAUUUUGAGGCCCCCUUCUUCUUUCCUUCUUUCUGUCUUAUUGAUUAGUUAGCAUUCUUUGAUUCUUUUCUUUUUUCAUAGGAAACACACCUGCUAGCAAAACAUAGUUGCUAUUCUUAUUCUUUUUUUCCAUCACUGAUUCAUUUAUUGUUUCCUUCAAUCAUUUGUAACAAAUAAUGUUUAAUGAGGAAGUCAUAUAUAAUAUUCUUUGGAUCAA